UUACUGUCUCAAGCCCUUCAUGACUUUGCCAAGAUUUCUAAGUGGGUGCUGGGGACAUUCCAUACUCCGCAGCAUUUCCUUAAGUGUGGACUGGACUUGAUCCUAUAUAUAUUUUUUGUAACAGCUGCUUCCAAGAUCCACAAUUUACAUUUGAUUGAACUAAUCUUGUUGCUUUUUGUUUGAAGCUGAGUGGUGGUGGUGGAUGGACACUGGAGUAUCCAUUAACAACACCUGCUGCUCAGAAUCAGCUAAGUAUGGUCUGAUGCUCUUCUCAUUGUAAUUGCUAUUUUCACUUGGUGGGUUGGUGGUAAUGAAGGCAAGCCAAUUUUAACUGGAUGGUAACUUCAUACAGUGUCUACAAAUUUAGACACUUUUGGGAUGAUGAUUUUUUUUCCUCUUCCAAAUGAAAUUAUUGCCAUUGCCUCUGUCUUUGUUGUUGUUGAAUUGAGCCCCUCAUUUCAUCCUCCUACAGUUAACACUUGACUGUCUAACUAGCCUCUUCACUAAAACUUCAUGGCUAUUAAAAUCUUAUUUGUUAAAUUGGAAAUGCCACCUUAAUACCUUUGUGCCAUACAACCAUUCUACUGAGGUCAACAUGCCUCAUCAAAAGAAUGAUUUGGGGCUACGUGGGGGGUGUUACUCUGUAAUUUGCUUAAUCCAUUCUAUUUCAGAACUGGAAUAACAGAUUAUGGAUGUGUAGAUUGGCGAGCCUGUGAUUGUGCCCCCUCUCCUUGUGUAAAAAAAAAAUUGGGAUCACAAGUUACAGAUUGGCAAGAGUGCUAGUUUGGUGCUAACUUUUUGUGUAUUCUGGGUUUGAAUUUGGUUAAUAAAGUGUUUUUUAAGACCUUGAGCCUGUUGCAGUAUUUUUUUAAAAAAUGAAUGCCUUUAGUGCUGCUGUUCAUGGCAACCACAUCUUAAUCAAGUUAUCUGGUCUCAGAAGUUAUCAGACCUCUGUUUUAUGUCUCUCUUUCCAUGUCUGCUCUCCUUCCUUCCAUCACGGCUCUCCCCUGAUGUCUGCACUUUUUUCUAAUCAGGCCCACCUGUCUCACAGGAUACAAGUAAUCCCUUGCUAGUGAAAAUUUUUAAGUGUUGUAUAAGAACAAUAGCGUCUAUUUGGUGCGAAAAUAUGCUUGGAUAUUUGUCUGCAGACAAGAAGAGAAGAGUUUUCCAAGUGCAAAGCUUGAGGAACACUGGGAGCUUCGAGGAACAUUAUUCCCAAGGACAAAUAUUCGACCACAUAAAGUCAAAGGAGGGUUAUUGCAGUUAUUAUCAUUCAAACAUUUUUCACAAUUUGAAAAAUGGCGAAUAUCAUUCAGAUAUUCCACAUCCAGUCAUCCGACAUGCUUUAACCAAUCAGCAAGAGAACAGAAACUUUUGAUGGUUAUAAAGUUUAACAGACCCUGAGUUGAUAACGUAGCAUGAGAAAAAUAGUUGGAAGAAAUGGACCUAUUUGGUAAAAGUGCGGCCAUUUUCAUUUCUUUUGUUUCAAAUAGCUACCGAAAAGGUCCAUUGCAAAGAUUUGAGGAGUAAAAUUGUCAGGACUGUUCUUACUGUGUCAGGGUAUUGACAGUCUGUUACCAAGCGAAACAAGUAUACUUCCACAACCUAUUUUCAGCUAUAACAAAACUCUUGGAGGGUAGCCUGUUCAAAAGGGUGACAAGGGAGUGUUAAGAUUUGUGAGCUUGAAAAAAGCAAAGUAGGUGAACUAAUCUAGUAUUGGUGACUACUUAAUUUGACUAAAUAGUCUGCAAAGAGAAAGGAUUAUUUUGGUUACAUUUAGGUCAACAUGUCUAGCACUAUCUCCCUAACAUUUUGCUGACGUGAGAGAAGAUACCCUUCCCUGCCUUCCGUCAAGGGUUGUGAAAGAUAUUCCCAGGUAGCUAAAGUUUGAUAUUUUAGUUUGUUUUGCUCCUGUACCAAUAUCAAUUGAAAACAUUUUAACAUUUCCAUUAAGUAUCCUUGGGAAUACUACAAUAAUUUGGAAGAGACCAAGAAAAGAAUAAUCUGCCCCACAACCAAAACCCUAUAGAUUGCUUAUGCAAUCUCCAGGUCAAAAACCUGAGUGUUAAGGCAUGAAAGCAUGCAUACCUAGAGUGCCUCUGCUUGAGUUUACGUGAACUACCUAAAUCCAUUCAUUACAGAUCCAUAUUUCUCCCUUUGAAAUAUACUUCUUGCAGCCGGUUCUUUUUUCGUAGGAUGCGUGAUCGUGAAUGAACAAUGGUGGGGUACAGAGAAGAGGGAGGAUGAAGAGGGCAUGCCACACCCAUAUUAAAACCCCCUACCCGUCUCUGAUUUUGGAGAGAAAGAAGUAUAAUGAAAGCGGUCUACUUUUACAGAUUCAGUUAGCCCGUCCCAGGCAUAGGGUCAUUGGGAGAAGCAAGAAAAAGCGGCGAGAGAGGAUUGAGGGGCGGGGCGGGGGCAGGGCCGCCUGUGAGAGGGCUUGGGGCGAGAAGCUUUCUAACGCCACACUAGUCUUGAAGCCUAAUCCUUUUUUUCUCCCGAUUUUUGUGUAUUGCGUCCUUGCAGACCGAACAUCUGGAACUGGCGGGAAAUUUAGUGCAUGCUUUUCAAAAACAGUCGCUAUUUUCACCUAUCCAGACCAGCCCAAUUUAUUGUUUACAACGUGCCAAUUUAAUUUGCACCAUGAGACAGGCUGGAGACCAGACUCCCAAUGUGCACAGUUUGGUGUCAUAUCAUAUUAUUGUUCGCGGUGAAGAGUUUGAGCGACCGCUCGUAGAUUGUCAGAUUUGGCGGUCCAUAUCUCGCAAGCCUCAGGGAAGUCAGCUUUGCUAUGACGUUUUACGGAAAGAUGAAGUCUUAUUUUAUUUUCACCGUGGCCGUUUUAGGUGUUGUUGGGAUUCUAAUGAUGUAUGUGUACUCACAGAACGGUUACCACGAUCGAAGAAUAGCUGCCGUCGCGGCGGAAUCUAGAACGUAUAAUUAUCCUCAUACAAACGUCGGAAAGAAAUACCGUUUCGACGUCAAGGGAGAGGACAUAAUUGUUUUUCUACACAUGCAAAAGACAGGCGGAACAAAGUUCGGUAAACAUUUGGUAAAAAACUUGGACCUAAAAUAUCCAUGCGACUGUGUUCCGAGACGGAAACGUUGUGCGUGCAAGAGGCCUAACUCCGAAAAGAUUUGGCUUUUUUCUCGUUAUUCGAUGGGCUGGCCGUGUGGAUUGCACGCUGACUGGACUGAAUUGCAAAGCUGUGUUCCGAAUAUUAUUAACAAACGAGAAGGAAAGAAACGAACAAGAAAAUAUCUUUACAUUACAAUUUUACGCGAGCCAGUUUCGAGGUUUGUGAGUGAAUUUCACUGUUACCAGCGAGGUGCCACUUGGAAGAACUCGCUACAUUUGUGUAAUGGCAGAGCUCCAACGAAAGAGGAAUUGCCACCUUGCUAUACAGGAGAAAACUGGACAGAUCUAACGCUACCGGACUUUUUGAAGUGUUCUUCAAAUCUCGCCAUUAAUCGGCAAACUCGGAUGCUGGCAGACUUGAGAUUGGUGGGUUGUUACAACAGAAACGCGAUGUCACGCGAACGCAGAGAAGAGAUUUUAUUACAAAGUGCUAUGAAAAAUCUUGACAGCAUGGCUUAUUUUGCUCUUAUGGAGUAUCAGAUCGAAAGUCAGUACCUGUUCGAGAGGACGUUUGGAAUGAAAUUUCGACAGCCUUUUGUUCAAAUGAGUAGCGAAGAGACCAGAGCGGGAGCGAUUGUUCUGGACGCGAAGAAUAUCACGCGUAUUCGAGAUCUGAACCAUCUUGAUAUUGCUUUAUAUUCGUUUGCUGAAAAGCUUUUCUUCGAGAGACUAAACUAUUUUAAAAGAAAGGACGAGGAAGACAUGUUAAUGACAGAUUCUUAGUGACGGCAUUUCUCAUCCAAUCAUAUUAUUCAAUCCUUGCUCAAAUGCAUGCCUUAUCUUUGUAUUGAAAUGCGGUUCCUAAAAUGGCGUGUGAUAACUUCUUAAAUUAAUCAAUAGAUAUAUUAAUGUUUGUUUGCGAAAAUGUUGGAGAAACUUAUUUGUGGGUAGCGUGCGUUGUAAACGUGAAGGAGAAUGCCUUUUUUUAUGACAUUUGACAAAGUUGGUACAAGAACGUGAAAAAUGAUCAUCCCAGUAAAUUUUCCAAUUUAAGCAAUUGGCAAGAGGAAGCCUGAAAAAAAAAAUCAGGGCUUCAACAGGAUUCGA